AUGAAAUACUUUAAAUGGUCAAACGACGAAACAGAUUACUGGCAGACGAUACACAGCAAGUUCAAUGAGGAGACCGGUCGAGUGCCUGAUGAGUCGCAGAUUGUGACCCGUCUCAAGUAUAUUUGUCAAAAGCAGACCCCAAGAAUCGAUUACAAGCAUUUGAUCGACCGCGGUACUAAGGUACUGGAGGACGCCACGAUCGCCGGGCCCAUCUUAGAGGCCAUCAAACAUGGUAGAGACAAUCUGAGCCUUGGUGUCUCGGGGAAACGUAGAAAAGAGAUUCCACCAUCGCAGGCCGGCUUAUCGCAGCACGGCAAACAGCAGAGAAAGAAGAAGCGUCGAUUGACUAAUGACUGCAAUUCGUUUCAUGAUAAACCUUCUGGCUCAAGAGAGAACAGUCGUCCCGUCACCAAUCACAGCGUGGUCGAUCGAAAACGAAAACGUGCAAACAGCGUAUCCUAUAAUGACAACGCGUCCUCUCUCGAGCUUUCCAAACCCGAGACUGUAACAUUGGGAACGACGACAGAAUCCGACCUACCAGGGCAACUCCGAAGUUCGGAGUCGGAAGAUAAUGUUUCGCACAUACACAAACGACUGGAAGCCCUUGAAGAAGAAGUCAAGUCACUGUCUGCACUGGGACAGAACACAGAACGAGCAUUAAAAAUGGCUAUCCAUUGCAUAACUUGGGUCUUCCGGGAGCAGGUUGGACCUAAGAAUAAGAUACCCAACGAGAUCUUCUCGACGAUGGAGCUUGUUGAAGGGACCAUCAAAGAUGAUCCGAGCGAUGCUUUCGUCAGACUUAUCAAGGACUUGCAGCAAGCGAACGUCAUUCGCCAGAAGUAUCAAGAGAUCGUCAGUGAUCUGAUUGGGCAACGCAACUACGGGAGAAAGGUAGAGUAUCCACCACUGCCUCUUCCAUCUGAGCUCGCUGAAGAUUGGCGUCGCAUUCGAUCACCACUCAAAGACACCAUGGUGGUCAAUGUAGCACCUAUUUCGCGAAUAAACUUGGCUAUGACUGGCUCUUUCUCGAACACACAUCUGGCGAAUCUUGCCAACCACCUGGAGGGUGGAACAUACGAAGCACGACCGUGGAUAUCUACACGUCAUGUGUAUCUGGACAAUCCGGCCGCAGCGCAGCAUCUACUGGCAGUUGCUUUAUGUCAGUUGCUAUUCUGCGGGACUGAAACCAUGUGCGAAGUGACGCCUGCAAGUCGGGCGUUCCAGAUCUACAGGACUAUGACAGACGAUAGAGAAGAGAUAAGACGUAUUGACACAAUUGCCUUCCAGCUCUUCAGCAAGCAGCCAUGCUUCGAUACAGAGGUUCUCCCAGGUCGUAUCCAGAAAAUUCAGAAGUGUCUGGAAGCCUGCGCUAGAGAGUUUGCUACUACUAUUGGUUGCAAGUCCCCUUUUCGUCAUCUUGAUUUUAUGUCGGUCGAAGCGGUCAAACAUGCGCUCAGUCUGAAGCGAGCACUGAUGCUGAGCGUUUUCGAAUACGAAAUCUAUUUCGCUACUCCUGGAAUGGACUUCAACCCAGUUUGGAUGGAUGCAGAGAAUGAAAACGGCGAAAGUUUGGACCCACUGACGUGUGCUAAGAUGAAGGUAUCAAUUUGCGUGUUCCCCGGACUCGUGCAGGCACCAACGAAGAAACUGCCUGCUGAUGCAGACAUCUCUACAGCACUAUUACAGGCGAAGAGCUUCUUUCCCCCGGCCCAAAAGGCAAGCCCAUCUUUGAAGCAUGAAAUAAUCGUGGCGAAGGCUGUUGUGCUGGUGCACGAAGCAGGCAUGAACGCUUUCCAGCCCUAG